AUAAAAAGAUUUAUAGACAAUAGCAAUUCAAAACACAAUUCAAAAUGCACCAGAUACAGCCAGUCCAAAAUAACUCCUAACAACUCGGCACACAGGCCGGUGGGGCCAAUAUGUACAUUGGUGGAGAAGGUAGUCACCGAAUGGCAGCUCUAACUUCUCCUUGCCCUUACUUGGACCACAUAGCACAUGUGAGUCACAAGGACUGAUGAAGAAAAACAAUACUAAUAAUCAUAUAAUUUAUUAUUCAAAUAUUUUCAUUUAUACACAAUCAAAAUCAAACCGUUACACAUUAUUCAUAAGAUGGAAUCAAAAUCACUACACGCAACUGCCAUGAAUAAGCAUCAGUAUACAGAUAUCUAGUAAUACAAAACCAUUAUACAAUUAAUAGGAAUCAUAUUCAUUUAAAAAUAUAAAUUAUAUUAUGUUACUUCAUAAAGUAACCAUCUUCAUUACAUCACAUUGCCUAAGCAUGAAAGUUGAUGCUUUGAUCUGAUAAACUUGUAUUGCGUUGCCUAAUUAGGCAAGCCCAUGUCAUAGCCUAGCACCAUAUAUCGCAUAACUAAAUCACCUAAUCAGGUGAGCCUGUACUAAAAACUUGCACCCAUAUAUCAUAUAAUUGCAUCACCUAAUCAAGUGAGCCCGUGCCAUAACCUGGAACCAAUAUAUCGCAUCGCCUAAUCAGACGAGCCCAUACCUACACCCAGUACUUAUCAUAAGGAAAAAAAAAACGUUAAAUUCUAUAGGAUUGAAGUAUGAAAAAAAUUCAUACAUGUCCGAACCAUUGCAUUUUAUAUCGUAAGGAAUAUGCAGACAUGAAUUAUUGCCUGACUUGCGGUUUAUCCCGCCAUAAAGUAAACAAGAGUAAGGAGAAUAGGAAACUUAUCCCUCAAAAAGUGAUGUGGUACAUGCCUUUGACAACAAUGUUGGAGUAAAAACUGACGAGCUUGGUUUUACUUUGGUUGAUUUAAGUAAGAGAGGAAGCAAGAAUGAUCCAUUCAUCAUGGCUAGCCAAGCAGUUCAAGUUUUUUACAUUUCUGAUCCGGCUAAUGAUAAAUGGUCUAUUGUUUUAUCGACACCAGAGAGGAGGUUCUUAGAGACUGAAGAGGAUGAGGAGAAUGCUGACUUAUGUUAUGAUGACUUCAUUGCUGGACAACCAAUUCAUGAGAAAGUUAUGGGAAUUGAUCGUAACCUUGAGAAGACGACGUUGAAUACAUUAGAAACGAUAUCAAUGAGGGAAUAUGGGUCAAUUGUGAUUCAGGCAAACAUAAACAAAAAAAGAAAUGAAAACGUAUCUAAUUGGUAACUUGAUAUAUAGCUUACUUUAUAUUGUGGUUGUUUAUGCUCAAUACUUAACAAUUUGUUUAUGCAUUUAAUAUUUCGUAUACAUUACUUGUUAUAUAUAUAGCUAACUUUAAAAUUUAUUUGUUAAUGGUGUAGAUAUGGCCAACUCGAGUUCAGGAUCUGAUUCAGGCCCAGAGGCAGAGUGUCCAAGAGUAAUACCUACACGACGGCAAACGAAAAUGAAUGAAAUAUCUAAACUAAUGGAUCAGGGCAAACGAUUAGCCCUUGAGGUUAAUGAUAAAGGACAAUACUGCAGGAAAAACUAUGCCAAGCUCGUAUCAACUCUAGGAGUCAGAUUCUGGCAGACGAUAGGGUUGUCCUAUAAAAAUUGGAAAGAAGUCAACCCAACUCUGCAAAAUAAAGUUUAGAAAGACAUACAAAUGGGGUUCAUUGUGCCGGAUUCCUUAAAACAUGAUUGUCUCAUCCUAGCUGGAAAGUUAAUGAUAGACUUCAAGAAUAGGAUAACAAAAGACAUCAUAAUGCCCGCUUUGCAAGAGAAGGAUCAGGAACCUGCAAAUCAUAAAGAGUCAGUCUUUUGACAAUGCGGCAAGACGAUUGGCUGAUUGGUUAUCAUUGAUGAAUAACAACCACCAAAUGUUCUUUAUUGCUUGGAAUAUCGGUGCGCAUUGGACGCUAGAGGUGGUUAUGCCAAAGAUAAUUAUCCAUUUAGACCAUGUACGUGGCCGCCCAAUUCCCGAAGAAAUUACUCAAAUGAUCGGAAGUGCAUUCAGAUAUAUAGGGGACGCACAUGAGUAUCUUGGCCCGUGGCAAGGAAUUUCACAAGCAAAUUGUCCAAGACAACCUAAAAGCCAAGAAUGUGGUUUUUAUGUUUUGAAAUAUAUGAUUGACAUUGUCGCACGUGCAAACCCCAACCGUUACAUACAAGAUCAAAAAGCUUUUGGGGGUAAGAAGCAAUACAAUCCAAAAACUGAAUUGUUACCAUUACAGUGAAAGUGGAUGGAACGAUUGAUGGCGCUGAUUCGCGAUGACGAUUGAGGUUGAAAGGCCCAAGAAUUUUUCUUCAUUAUGUAUUUUUUUUAGAUUAACUUGUAGUUAGAUUUAUUAACAUAUUAAUAUUUUGGACUAAUUUUACAUUAA